AUGGCAUCAAAGCUUCGCUGUGAGGCCAAAAUCAAGAAAGGUACUCGGUGCCAUCGCCUGUCCUCGGAAAUUUCAGUUUAUUGCACACAGCAUGCGAACAUAGUGAAGAAAGAGACCGUUUCUACAAAGACCAAUACUUCAAAUGCUAUGAUCAGCAUUGAAAUUCAGGAAAGUUCCUCACAGUCGAGCGAGGUUUCCGAAGAUUCCAACUUAGAAUCAACCCUACUAGGCGACGAUAUUGAGGCCGACUAUGAAGAAACCCCCGAUGGUUGUACCAAUCCCUUCAAGAUGGGGGUCAAGAACGAUGGCUGCCAAUACGCAAAGAAUGAGAAUAUCGGGAACAUGACUGUACAGAACCUGGCAACCCCAACAGCACAGGCCUUCAACCGAAUUAGCAAUUUCCAGGGAUAUAUGCCCACAACAGUCAAUGACUCUCGUUCCACUACUCAGAACAUCAUUUACUACAUUUGUCCUGCACUAUUGGGCCAAGCCAAUUGUAUUGAACGGCUUAUCGAUAAGGCAAGAUACGUCACUGGGAAGAGACUCGAUGGCAAUGAUGCGGUGACCGGCAAUGCACAAUUCUCAUCACCUCUUAGUACGGAACGAUCUGGUAAGACAAUCGAAAUGCUUCCGAAACUGCUCAAUAUUGACUCCGUCGCAGAUCACAAACAGGCCAUGAACAAGCGCAAGGCUGUUAUGCAGGAUACAGCCCUCCGCCUGACCGAAAUAUCCUGUCUUCUCAAGAGAGCUGCGGCGAUCUGCCAGGACGGCAGAAGGAAAAAGCUUUUGGAAAAGGCUGACCUGACUACUACAGGUGUAGCUGAUGACAAUAUCUAA